CAGAUAGUCAACACUGGUGCAGCGUAGUAGUUAAAAGGCACCGAACGAAAACGCACUGUUAAAUAUACUUUCGUUUGCGUUAUAACGUAAAAAAUAGACGAUUGGAACGGUAAAUUUGGGUCGAGAUAGGGCACUUUGUUACGCGGCUGAAAAAAUGUCUAACGAAACGACUAUAAACGGGGAGAUCAUUACAGCCGGCGUCAAUGGGACAAUAAACGUCGAAAGUACAGUGCCAAAAAGAAGGCAAGAUUUGCUCAAGUGGAACGGUUGGGGCUACAAGGAUUCCGAGUUCAUAGUGAAUGAGAAUAAUAUUAUCGAGUUUACGGGCAAUCGAUAUUCCAUCGGAAAUCUUCAACUGCCGUACUUUACCCAAUGGGUCAAAGACGUCCUCGGGGUCGACCUCGAAAACAGAAUCCCACCUCAACCCCCCUCAAAUGUAUAUCCGGAAGUAAUACUAUCCCAGGAAUUCGUUCGUGCCAUUGAACAACGAAAUAUUGACUAUUCGAUCGACGGACCUGAUCGCUUGUUUCGCGGACAUGGCCACACCUUGCGGGAAAUGGUGCAACUGAAGCAGGGCAGCUUCGAACGUAUACCCGACAUCAUUGUAUGGCCGAAAUGCCACAAAGACGUAGAGGACCUGAUAAGACUUUGUGUCGAGCACGGAGUCGUUUGUAUACCGUUUGGAGGUGGGACAAGCGUGAGUAGAGGAACAGCUUGUCCGGUGAAGGAGCGACGAACGAUAAUGUCAUUAGACACGUCCCAAAUGAACAGAGUGUUGUGGAUCGAUCGUGAAAAUCUGCUCGUUUGUUGCGAGUCUGGCAUAAUAGGUCAGGAUCUCGAGCGCGAGUUGCGUCUGCGUGGUUUCACAACGGGCCACGAGCCCGACUCCUACGAAUUCUCGAGCUUGGGCGGCUGGGUGGCGACGCGUGCGAGCGGUAUGAAGAAAAACACGUAUGGAAACAUCGAGGACCUCGUGAUACGGGUUAGGAUGGUGACCGGACGAGUGGAAGAGCCCGAGAUGACUCUGGAGCGAGGGGCCCAAGUACCGAGGAUAUCGUCGGGGCCGGAUUUUGACCACGUGAUCCUUGGAAGCGAGGGGACACUGGGGGUGGUGACGGAAGUCGUGAUGAAGAUGAGGCCUGUGCCAAAGGUCGUAAAGUACGGUAGCGUUGUUUUUCCAAAUUUCGAGAGCGGCGUGAAAGCAAUGCGAGAGGUGGCGAAGCAGCGUUGCCAGCCGGCGAGUAUACGUCUGAUGGACAACGAACAAUUCAAAUUUGGUCAAGCCUUGAAAGGGGAGCACACUUGGAGAGAAUAUUUGAUGCAGAUUGUGAAGCAAACUUACGUCACCUUGAUCAAGGGUUUCAGCUGGGAUAACGUGUGCGUCGCAACGCUUUUCUUCGAGGGUCAGAAUGCCUCGGAGGUUGCGAAUCAGGAGCGAAAAAUUUAUAGCAUUGCCAGUGAAUAUGGUGGUUUGGCAGCUGGUGAAACGAACGGUGAGCGAGGUUACACGUUGACUUUUGUCAUCGCUUAUAUCCGGGAUUUAGGACUGGAGUACGGUAUUCUCUCGGAGUCGUUCGAGACCUCGGUCGCGUGGUCUCGGGCGUCGUCUCUCUGCCGCAACGUCAAAGCCCGCGUUGCCAACGAGUGCAAAAAACGUGGCAUAACCCACUGCCUCAUGUCAUGUCGCGUUACGCAGACCUACGACGCUGGCUGCUGUAUAUACUUUUACCUGGCUUUCAAUUAUCUCAAAGUGGCUAAUCCGGUCGAGACGUACGAAGAAAUUGAAGAAAUUGCGAGGGAAGAGAUCCUCGCGAGUGGCGGCUCGAUAUCUCAUCAUCACGGCGUUGGGAAAAUGAGAGCCCGCUUUUAUCCCGGGGCUGUUGGCGAUGCGGGAGUCUCGCUUUAUCGAGCGACCAAAGCGCAUCUUGAUCCUCACGACGUGUUUGCCACGGGCAACCUCGACCCCAAGCACAGAGCGAAGCUUUGAAGAAUAAAAAAAAAUAAAAGAAAACACAUUUCUCGUCGCUCGUUGCUCAGACUCUCGUUUACACUUUGAAUUGACCUCCCUCGAUGUCACAUUCGGCUUAUAUCCCCAUGCUUGCGUGUGUGUGUGCGUGUGUGCAUCUACGUGAAACUAUGCGUAUAUGCUCAAAGGCUUCGAACGAAUCCGUAUCGCAUCAACGCAGAUUCGUGAGCGUAUGCAUUUGAUAUUUCCCCAGUGUGAUCCUUGCUGUUCCUGAAAACAAAACUAUUCGGAAAGCUGAAUAUGACAUACGAGGGACCAACCCUCGAAGAGCGACGAUGUCGCAGUGGUGGUGGUGGUGGUGGCGGUAGUGCAGCAUGGGAUGUGGACGAAAAAAUUGGAUAAAUAAAGAAAAAACGAAGAUAUACGCAAAUGUUACCGCAUAGUUGAUUGGAACUCCGAUUAGAGUCUAAAGUUCUUUUUUUCGGUACAAAUGAGGAAUUGUAAUUGCAUUGCGAUGUUUUUAUAUAAGUUACUAUAAAUAAAGACAGAGCGGGAGAGAGAUAGACGGAA